UCAGACGAAGUAGCAGCAGUGAGAGUGCUGGCGUUUUGGUGCUGUGAUUAAUCAGUUUGGAACUGAAACACUGGCUGGAUCCAGUAAAGUUUGUUCCAAUCGAUGAACCGUUGUGUGUGAAAGUAUUGAUGUUAUAAAAAGUUGUGCAUAAAAAAAAACACAAAUAAUAAAGAUAAUGUGUCGUGUUGUAAUAUUAAUACUAGCGAUUGUGAUCGGAUUAUGUCAAGCAAGAACUGUACCGAUUCGUGGCAAACAAGUGAAAGCAUACGCCUACGUGUUACCAGCCGGUGCCGAAGAGAUACGUGAUGACAUUAACCAUUCAUUUGUAUGUGCGAAUCGAACCGAUGGAUUCUACGUUGACAUUGAUAAUGACUGUCAGAUUUUCCAUCGAUGCCAGGACAGAGCCCGUUUCAGUUUCAUUUGUGCUGAGAGAACAGUCUUCAGCCAAAUGUAUCAAACAUGCGUGCAUGCUGGCCAGCUAGGUUUCCCAUGUGAAGAAUCAGCCGCUUUUUAUCCAGAUGGAGAAGAAACGGAGGCGGCUAGCGGCAACGACAACAGCGACGGAGCCGAAGGCGGUAAACUUUCGCUGCCAAGUAAUGCCAAUGUUGAGACAGAAAUACCUUCGCAAGACCUGCUACCUCCCGACGAAUCGAUCCAACCGCAGGCAAGCGAACCAAUCAUUGGCACUAUAGUAAUGCCAAUUAGUGAUAAUUUUAUUAGCGAAUUCGAUCAUCACCAGUUGAAUGCCGAUACAUUCGAUCCGGUUGAAGAAAACGAAAGUGAGAAUACGGCACAAGAAGUCGUAGAUGAAGAAGUUAGUAGUUCAUCUUUAGAACAAUUGCAUCAAGACGAAACUGUCACAGUAGGUGAUAACACUAAAGAAAUGGAAGUAGUUGAUGAGAUUAGUAAUCCUGUUUCAUCGGAUAGCGAACAUACUCAUCACUUAGAACACAAGGAGGAAACAAACGCUUCAGAGGCUUUAGAAACAAAUGAAAUGAGUGAGGACGAACGUGUUUAUCAUGAGCACGAUGACACCUUAAUUGCCGAAGAUGCUAAAGUUGAACCCCAAUCUCUGUUACAAAAUGAUAUUCAGACAGUAGAAGAAACUGAUCCUGUUGUGCAAGAUAUUAAACUUGCAGCGCCGGAAGUUAUCAUAAGCGCCGAAGCCGAAGAAGUAAAAUCCGAUGAUUCCACUGAACCAAAGCCGGACUCGGAACUAUCAAACGACAGCGCAAUUAACGCAAUUGCACCGGAAACAAGCAAUAAUGGCGCAGAUUACGUACAACCACCAAAUUCGGAUAAUGCGAUCUCAGAAAUCGUACUUCACGAAGGCGAUAGUGAAGAAAGCAAACCCGAGGUUGGUGGACCGAUACCCGUAGAAAGCCAGGCUAGUGCUGCCAUAAACGAACCAAUUGCAGAUUUGAAUCAACCGGAAGACGAUGAACAAUCACCGGUGUCGGUGGCAGCGUCGUCAGAAACGAACCAUGAUAUUCACCCUUUGAUUGCCGCCACACUAGCCGAACGACUGGCGAACGAGUCGAAAAAAAUAAAUUUACCCGAAUUUAUCGUGUCAACGGUUGCUGAUCUCAGAAAAGGAAUCCCAUCGCUUCCGCUGAGACGAAGGAGAACUUUCUUAUUCAAAGCGGAUGCUGUUUGAUCGUGAAGCUAUAUGCGUGACUGGUGGCGAUUCUAGCAAAAAGAGGGUUUUUUAGCGAGACGCCAGAAAGGAAGAACCACCGCACAUCAGUACACGUGUUGAUGUUGUUGUAUAGAUUUAGUGAAUUUAUUUAUUAGUAAUUGAGAAAAUAAAGUCUGGAA